AAAUGGCGGUGCUGCUUGAAACGACCCUGGGAGAUUUGGUGAUCGAUUUGUAUACGGAGGAGAGGCCUAGGGAAGCUGCCUGUCUUGCUGUGUUCUUCCAGCCUCCUGUUUGCCUACCUUGAACUCACAAUUUCCUGACUGCCAGGCGCAAGAGACUCAGAAUUAUAGUUUUUUACAAUGCACUGGCGAUUUAAAGAAAACGCAGAUGAAGCUGCCCCAGAACAUUUCACACUGCCUGCUUGAAUUUUCUGAAGCUUUGUAAGAUCAAGUAUUAUAACUACUGCCUCAUCCACAAUGUUCAGAGGGACUUUAUUAUACAGACCGGUGAUCCAACUGGCAGUGGUCGUGGAGGAGAAUCCAUUUUCUGUAAGCUCUAUGGAGAUCAGGCAAGAUUUUUUGAGGCAGAAAAAGUACCCCGAAUUAAACAUAAGAGAAAAGGAACUGUAUCCAUGGUGAAUAAUGGCAAUGAUCAACAUGCAUCUCAGUUUUUGAUCACUGUAGGAGAGAACGUGGAUUACCUUGAUGGUGUACACACAGUAUUUGGUGAGGUGACUGAAGGCAUGGAUGUCCUGGUGAAGAUCAAUGAGGCCUUUGUUGACAAGGAUUUCUGUCCAUAUCAAGAUAUCAGGAUAACCCAUACAGUAAUACUGGAGGAUCCAUUUGAUGAUCCCCCAGGUUUGCAAAUCCCGGAUCGCUCACCAGAACCCACCAAAGAACAGCUUGAUAGUGGCAGAAUAGGAGCUGAUGAAGAAAUAGAUGAUACCAAAGGAAAAACUGCAGAGGAAAUUGAAGAGGUGCUAGCAGAGAAAGAAGCAAAAACCAAAGCAAUAUUGCUGGAAAUGGUUGGAGAUCUACCAGAUGCAGAAAUAAAGCCACCUGAAAAUGUGCUGUUCGUUUGUAAACUCAAUCCAGUCACCACAGAUGAAGACUUGGAGGUCAUUUUCUCAAGAUUUGGACCAAUCAAGAGUUGUGAAAUAAUUAGAGACUGGAAGACUGGAGAAUCUCUCUGCUAUGCCUUCAUUGAUUUUGAGAAGCAGGAGCAUUGUGAAAAUGCUUACUUUAAGAUGGAUAAUGUGCUGAUAGAUGACAGAAGGAUACAUGUGGACUUCAGCCAAUCUGUAGCAAAGGUUCAGUGGAAAGGGAAAGGUGCAAAAUACACCAAAGAUGAUUUCAAAGAGUAUGAGAAGGACCUUAGCAAACAUUCCAACAUUACCUUGAAGAGUAAAGUUCAACCUAAACAGGACCCCAAAUAUGAACUAUUACUGGAUGAGGCCGAGACCAGUGGAAGUCACCAGCAUUCGAAGAAACACCACAAGGAGAAACGGCCUUGUCGACAUUUGGAAGAAGAAGAAGGUGAUAGGUGGAAAGCAGCCAACUAUAAGGCAACAACUGACAAAGAAAUUAAACAGCACAGAAACAUUUCUCCCAUUGAGGAAUAUGGCAGAGAAAAAGACAGAGGUCAGAAAAAGCGGAACCGAUAUCGCAGCUGGAGCAGGAGUGAAUCCCAAGAGAAAGAUCACCAUAAGCGAAAUCGGAGUAAGAAGUCCAGACAUCGAGAAAGAACGAAUAGAAGUCCCAAAAAAUCCAAAUAGGGAGAGGAAUGAGAAAGGGAGUGGGUACGGUAGAAGCUGGAACCAGAUAUUGCACUUGAAAUGGUUUAUGUAACUGAAAUGCUUUUUAUUUUUAAAAUUGUAAUAAAUCAUACACCCAAAA